AUGAUCACUUUCGCCGCCGUCCUCGGCUAUGCCUCCGCUUCGGUCAUCGCCCCCCUAGUCUACGGCGCUAACGCCGGUGACGUCCAAGCCGCGGCCAUCGACGCCACCGUCGCCGCCCAAGACCACGCCCGCGCCAUCGGCGAGAGCCAAGCGCGCGCCGCCGAGGCCGUGCUGCAGCACAACACCGAGGCAGCUCGUCAAGUGGCAGAGACCAACCGAGACCUUCACGAGAACGCUUACUGGAACAAUGUGGCCGCGUCGCAAAACUAUGUUGCAGCCGCCCAGUCCCAGGCUGCAGCCCUGAACGGAGCCGCCGAGGCCUACCGCGCCGCCCACCUCGCCGGCCCCGCCUACGCCGCUCCUCUGGCCUACGCCGGCCUCGCCCACAACGCUUACGCCUACGGACCCUUCGGUCUCGGCCUUCACGCCUGGUAA